AUGUCGCUCCUUGCUGCCCUCUCUCUCUGCGUCGCUCUUUCGGGCUGUCUUUCUCUGACAAUCGCGGCGUCUAUCUCUACGAGGGACGAUAUCGACAAUGUGGAGAGCACUACGUCGGUGACGCAGAUAGCAAUUGCCUCCAUUGUAGCUAUCGUCGUCAUGUCUGUCCCCAUUGGAUGGUACUGGAAGAGGUACCGUCUUCGCCAGCUCGAAAGAAUAAUUGCGGCAGAAGGGCCGUUCACAUUCAAAGGAAAGGGGAGAGCCACCUACAGCGCCCCGUCUGUGACAAACAAGCCCAUUCCCCCAGCCGCUCCGCCCUCCGAGCCUGAAGAUCAAGAAUCCAGUCCACCGCCUUCCCCGUUGCCCGGCACCCACGGCACGCGACACUGCGCAUCGCCGAGCUCGCGCUCAAGCAUCAGCACGAACACACGUCCUUCGCACGACGGAGAACGCCCCAUUCCCCGCGCGCAAACUCCGCCCAACGUCCACGAAGUCCCCGACGACCUCGCAAACCCGGAUCCUGACUGCGAGAAGGCGCUUCCGUCCGCGGACUCUCCGGAGCCCGAGAAAGCAUCCGUCACGCGCAGAGAAGACGCCCACAUGCCUGAUGAUGACGAGUCCGUGUUCGCCGACGCGCGCUCGACUCUCCCUCCCUCCUACCGCACCGCGCCGUCCGCGAAUGGGUUCCUGAUAUACCCCAGCACGCCGCGUGGCCCGCGGCCGAUCCCCGAGCCGAUCCCGAUGCUCCCGCCGCUGUAUACCCCGAGAGACACCAACGCGCCGCGCGUACGAGUGGAGAAGAAGGGGGAUCGGGAUGGCGGGCUGCAUCUUGUCGGGGGUGCGGUGCCAGAGGAUGUCGAAGGCGUGGAAGAGUGA